CCUUCCCUCCCUUUGCUUCCCCCAACUCAGUCUCGUUUUCUAACUAUUACUUCAGAGAUGGAGGCAAUUCAGUCUUGGAUCUCGGAGCAUAAACUCACCAGCAUUGGAGCAACCUGGGCAUCAGCAAUAGGUGCAUCACUGGCAUAUAAUACUCGCGCAAGAACUCCUCUUAAGCCAAGUCUGAGGCUUAUUCAUGCCAGGAUGCACGCACAAGCCCUAACACUGGCGGUGCUGUCUGGUGCAGCAGCUUACCAUUACUAUGAAAAGAGUGGCAGCAGCAAGCAUAAGAAGGUCGGCAAUGCCUAAAACAGAUUCAUUCUAUAUAUAUUAUGUAACAAUGAAAUCUUGAUUAUUAAAUAAUGGUUUGACGAUGACGAAAAUGCAUGGUGGAAUUAAUUAUGUAGCAGAGAUAUGGAUGCAUGUUUUUUUCAAUGGAUGCCAAGAACUGAAGAAAAUUAUUGUAAAUGAAGGCAGUUUGAUGAGAGUAAAAAUGGGAGAAAUCAAAUAAUGAAUGCUUUAUUUAUUUAUUUGUUUUUCAUAAACGAAUGAUGAAUGCAAUGAAAUAACAGCAGCUUCCUCCCGCAAACAAUAAAGUGACUGGCAUGGAUAAUUUUACCUGUAUAAGAAACCCCUUCAGCAGCCCUUCCCCUUAAUUUUUGUAGCGCCAAAUGCUAGAGGCAGUCACUGAUACAGCCGCUUAAGAACACUCGCUUUUUUAGAAAGUCACGUCCUGCCAUUUUUCAAACUUGGAACCGGCUACCGGAUGUCCAUAGAAUUAUAGAGGCUAGUUUAUCUUUUGUCUUUUAGUAUGUUACCCUUUUAGUUUUUUAGUU